AUGGGUUGUUAUUCUUCAAGGAAAAAUAAUGAUUAUGUUUUAAUUAUUGGAUCUCCAGGUUCAGGGAAAACAAAUUUAUAUAAGAAAUUGAAAAAUAAUGAUCAAUUUUCCUUUGUUGAUAUUCCUGCAAUGGAUUUAGAGGAAUCAAUAGAAAAUAGAGAAAAAUUUAUCAAUGAUUUUCAGAAUAUUUGUGAAAAUAAAAUUAAUAAAAAAAGACAAAUAGUUUCUAUUGUUGUGAGUGUUAAAUUUGAAAGAACAGAUCUUAUGAAAAGAAGCUUAUUAUCUGUGAUUAAAUAUUUUCAUCGCUAUUUAGAUUUAAUCAUUAUAGCAGUUACUCAUUUUGAUUAAAGUGAAGAUUAAGAUGAAGAUAAAAACAAUUUAAAACAAUAACUUAAAUUUAUUUUGAAAAAUAAUGAAGAUCGAAUAGUUUUUAGCUAAAAUUCAAAUUAAAAUGAUAAUCAAAUGUGUGAGAAUCUAUUAAAAAUAAUCGAAAAUGUUAAACAAAAUAAAUAAGAACCAUUCACAUUAAAGGAUACAAUAUUUGAAAAUAUAGAUGAAACUUAAUAAUAAAAUCAUCUUAGAGAUCUUUUUUAAGGGUUUAAUAAUCAAUAAUGA